AACAUCCCAUCCAUGAUCUGUGUUGCUGCCAGUACUUCCAACCCAUCCGAGAGCAUCACUCUAGCUGACUUCUCGAACGCUGGCCCGGUUACAAAGGUUGCCGCUCCUGGUGUAAACAUCUACUCAACGAUUCCUGUUGCUACGUAUGGUUAUAAGAGUGGCACAUCGAUGGCGACCCCCACAGUUGCCGGUGUCGCCGCCUUACUCGCUACACUUGGUCUAAUGGGUGAGGACAUCACCAAAGCUAUUGUUGCAUCUAGGAGAAUUGGUGUACCAAAUAAGUUCAAUCUACCCGACAUCGGGGAACUAGAUGCACUCAAUGCAACCCAUAUUGCCCUUGAUUCCAUCCGUCGGAUGGCAUCCGAGGCUACUGAAGCCCCUUGA